UCCCUCUCUCUCCUCUCUCUCAUCAUUUUUCUUUUUAUAUAAUCUUAAUUUCAUUUUUUUUCUUCUCAUAUCUUCGAAAUAAUAAAAAUUUGUGUUUUUCCAUUCUCUCUGCUUCUUCUGUUUGGGAUCCUGCGAAGAUCGGAUCGACCGCUCUCUCGCUCUCUUGCUCUCACAGGUCUCUCCUUCUUGUUCUUCCUCCCUUCAUCUCUAUCUCAAUUUUCCCUAUCGGCGAAACGCCUUCCUUCUUCAAAGAUUUCAGUGUUUGUUUCUGGUUCUGUACUUCUGUGUCGUAUCGCAGGUGUUUGAUGGACUUUGACGGUUUGGGGAGAGAGAGAAGGUGGAGCCGUCGACUGUGAUCGGAGCAAUCUCUGCUGAUUAAGUUAAAAAUCGAAGGUACAAAAUAAAGGUGGUUAAUUUUUUUAUUAAAAUAAUGUCUUCGUCGUCGUCAAACUCUCCUUGCGCAGCGUGCAAAUUUCUGCGGCGGAAGUGCACGCAGGAGUGCGUCUUCGCGCCUUACUUCCCACCUGACAAUCCCCAUAAGUUUUCCAAAGUCCACAAGGUCUUCGGUGCCAGCAAUGUCGCCAAGAUCCUCAACGAGCUCAGCGCUUCUCAGCGCGAUGACGCCGUCAACUCUCUGGCCUAUGAGGCGGAGGCCCGCCUUCGCGACCCCGUCUACGGCUGCGUUGGACUCAUUUCCAUCCUCCAGCAGCGGCUCAAGGAAGUCCAGGCCGACCUUUUCAAUGCCAAGAAGGAGCUCGCCACUUACAUGGGCCCACAAGGUAUGCUCUCCAUCCUCCAGCCGCCAACUUACAUGGCUCAGCAGCUCCAAGGAAACGCUUCUUCCGCCGUUUCGCCGUACAUGUCUCCAAUGAUUGGCAUUCCAACCGGGGCUGCUUCCGGGCAGUUGAUGAUUCGAGAGCCACAGCAACAACAGAUUUUUGAGGCGCAGCAGUUGGCGGUGGCCGUGGCAGCGAGGGAGCAGCAGGAGAUGUUCAGGAGUUUUGAUCAGAGUAAACAGGCAAUGCAGCAGCAGGCGCAGGACCAUGUGAGAUUCAACAGUGGGUUUGACUCGUCCCCUGGCUCGGUCACUGUGGGCGGCUUCACUCAGAUGGCCGGAGCGUUGGGCAACGCCGUUUCGCCGUCUUUGGCUCUGGGGUUUGAUAGCGGUCCGUACCACCAGAUUCAGCAGCAGCAGCCUCACCAUAAUCCCCACCUCCACCUCCACCUGCAGCUUCAGUCUCAGUUGUUGCUCCAAACCCAACAGCCGCAAGGGCAGCAUCAGGCUCAGCAGCCCCAGCAACCCCAGUUGCAGGCAAAGUCCGAUCUGGGCGAGGAAGGCGGUGGUAGGAGUGUGGGUCCCUCUUGUUGAUGGGUCUUUCUUCAGCUCUUCCCUGCCUUCCCCGCUUUUUCAUUUAACUAAUUUUCAUUCUAGUUCAUAGCGCCUGCAUGCAUACACAGCUAGAGAUGUUUUGAUUGGAGAGGGCAGGAGAGGAGAGACAUAUUUCCAAAGAGUUCGUAGUAGAGAUGUUGGAGUACAGUUUAAUUAAUUUUAUCUUCUAUUUAAUUAGUAUUUAGUAGUGAUCCAGGACAAUUUAUAUUCAUCCAUUCUUCUAUUACCCUAUUUGUUCCAUGAUCUAUGGGUAUACUGGAGCUCCUUUCUUAAGGUCUCUAUUUUGAGGACCUAUGAGGACCAAAAAUAUAUUAGUUAUAAGAUUAUAUUAGUUUA